AUGGCUGGGCUGCAUUCCCGGCCGCUCGCGCCGCGGCCCUCCCGGCUCGACGUGUCGGUAUGCGCGGCGGGGCGAGUGGGCGCGCCGCGCCCGAUGGACCGCCCCCCGGCCAACGCCUACCCCGACCUGCCCACCCUCGCGUUCCAAACCCUCACCGCACCGCUGCAGCGGCUGACCGAGUCCCUGACCGGCCCGGGGGACGGCGUGCGGGCCGUGAAUUUCGCCGACAGUGCGCCGUCCUGGGAGGCGCUGGAGGAUCUGAAAACCGCGCGACGAUCGGAGCUGGGCGCGCCUGAGCCGGACACCGCCGCCGGGCCGCCGCUGGCGCGGUCGAGGGAGCGGACGUUCGGCAAAGCGGGGCCGAUACGCGUGAAGCUGUACCGGGACCACGCUGCGUGGUGCCCUUACUGCCAGAAGGUGUGGAUGCUGCUGGAGGAGAAGCAGGUGCCCUACAGGGUGGAGACGACGCCGCUGGAGUCAUACGGCGAAAAGCCGGCGUCGUUUUUGACAGUAGCGCCCAAGGGAUACGUGCCGGCGAUGGAGAUCGACGGCGAGGUGGUGGAGGGGUCCGACGAGAUCGUGGCGCGGCUGGAGAAGGAGUUCCCUGAACGGCGGAUGGUUCCGGAGGAGGGAACCCCGGAGUGGGUCCGGGCGCAGGAGCUCAAGGGCCUGGAGAACAGGGUGGUGAGCGUGAUUCAGUGGGCGCCGAAGCCCAUCUUUCUGCGCGACGAGCUGAAGCUCAAAUUCGAGGCGGGACUAGACGGGGUGGAGGAUGAACUGGGCAAGAUGGGCGGGCCCUACUUCCUGGGCGCCCGGCUGUCGUUCACGGACAUCAACUUCGUGCCGUUCAUGGAUCGGUGGGCCGCCUUCUUCGCCUAUUUCAAGGGCGUGCGGGUGAGGACGUCCGGCCGCUGGCCGCGCAUUUCCGCGUGGUUCGACGCCAUGGAGACCCACCCCUCGUACGUCGCCUCCAAGUGCGACUACUACGCCUGCACCCGCUUAUUGAGCAUGCUGCUGCCCCGCAACGCCGGCUCGUUCCUCAUCACCAAAGACGCCCUGGCGGCCGACAUCGACGGCAGGGACGGCGCGAGCUGGUCCCUGCCGCUGCCUCCCUUGGGGCCCGAUUCUACAGAGCCCUACUCGCCGGGGGAGGACCCGCCGGUCGAUCGGCUCGAGGCCGCGGCCAGGCUAAUCGACAACCGGGACGCCGUGCUGAUGUUCGCGCUGCGCGGCGUGGGGCAGAAGGGCGAGAAACAGUACAGUGCCCCGUUGGCCGAUCCGGACGCUUCGCCGGGGCUGGAGUGGAGGGCCGACGUGGAUGCCGCGCUUCGGCACGUGGCGCACGCGCUGCUGGUGGGCGUGGAGCAGAAGCAGGCGUCGGGGGAGGCGCUGGGCCCGGCGAGGGAAAAGGGGGGCUGCGACGGCGCCGCGGCGGUGUACUGCGCGGAGUACGUGCGGGAUCGGGUGUCCGUGCCGCGCGACCUGCUGCUGCCGCAGGCCAGGCAGCUCAGGGCGCACCUCAACUGGCUGAUCGACACGCUGCAGGCGUAG